AUGCCCAUCGAAUAUCAGCACGGCCAAUUGAGGGUUCUCUAUCAUCGAUCAAUGCCAAUUCUGAUUUUAGAACAGAUACCAAUUUAUGAGAUUUUCUAUUGCUAAUUAGAUGAAAAAGGACAUGAUAGCUUCUUACUUUUAUCGUUAGAAAUGAUUUGAAACUUGAAAACAUGCCUCAAAACGCUGGAAUUUGAUCAAGAAUACACGAGGCUGAAUUCCACCGUAACCGCCACCUGAGUCUGAAUUCCGAUGGCAGAUAGAAUCAGCGACCUACCCGAUCCAAUCCUCUGUCACAUUCUCUCCUUCCUCCCAACCAAACUCGCCGUAUCAACAACCAUUCUCUCCCGUCGAUGGAAAUCACUCUAUCUCCAUCUCCCCACCCUCCACUUCAACGACGAAACCUUCAACCACUUCGACACCUCCAUCAAAUUCAUCUCCACAAAACUCUCCUCUCCCAACAUCACCGUACCGAUCCAUUCCUUCACCUUCAAACGCACCUCUUCCGUUCACAACCAACCAAUCGUCAACGUCAUUCUCAUCUGGACUUUUCAGCGCUUACGACUCCACAAUCUCCGUUUCCUCGAAAUCACAUUCCACGAGAAUCUAAAUGCUCGAUUACCGAAACACAUUAGUUGUAAGAACCUUCAAAUUCUUAAUUUGAAUUAUGUAAUGAUGACAGAUAUCAAUAUUUCUACUGAAUUGGAUUUUGAAUUCCAUUUCGAUUUUCCACUUCUCAAAAUUCUCCAUUGGAAUACUGUUAAGUUCCUUACUGCUGAAUCUUUUCUCAAGUUUAUGUCUAGUUGUCCUAUACUAGAAGAAUUGCACGCAUGUAAUUCACAAUUCAUAUCUCUUGAAGAUGAAUCAGAAAAGUUUAAGUUGUUUCCGAAUUUGAAAACAGCAAGGAUUUUCGAUAAUAAUGUUCCAAUUACCGUGCUCUCUGAGGUUCAGAGUCUGCAUCUUGAAUUGAAUAUGAAUCGGAUUCGUUGCAAGCAGCUUCCCUUGUUUCGUCGACUCAUCAACAUUGACAUCAUCUUUACCAAUGAAUUGUUGGUGGGGCCGUUGAAGCGGUUGCUACAAUUGCUCCAACAUUGCCCCAUACUUCAAAAUUUUACAAUUCAGGAUUGUGUGGACCAUCAGAACAAGUUGGUUGGCGACUAUUGGAUCGAUCCACCAACUGUUCCAGAGUGUCUUUCAUCGCAGCUCAAAACUUUCUUCUUUAGAGGCUACAAAGACAACGAAAAUGAGUUCCAAUUUGUCAGAUACAUUAUGCAGAACUCAAAGGUACUACAGGCAAUUACAAUUAAGAGCACUCUCGAUGCAGAUGUCAAUAGGAAAGACCAAAUGUUAAUGAAAUUAUCUUUAACUACAAUGGGCUCUACAACAUGUAACCUUUUAUUUGAUUGAUUGAUGGCAGCUCGAGUAUGUAAUACUAGAUUAAUUCUAUAUGCACAAUAGUAGGAUUUGAUGGUUUGAAAUACAUGAAUGCUGUUUCAUUUUUCUCUUUAUGUCAUAGAAGUUUUUCAAAUAUAUUCUGUUUCACUUAAUUAAUUCCUUUUA